UCGACCAGUCUGGAAGUAUUUACACUGAAGACUUUGAACAUAUGAGAUUGUUUAUAUCUGAACUAGUUCAAAACGUCCACAUUGGCCCCAACAGUUUCCAGAUUGGUCUGACCAAGUUCAGUGACGAAGCAAAAACUGAGUGGAAUUUGAACACACACAGAACCAAAGAGUCCCUGCUGACGGCUAUUAAAAAAAUACGACAGAAUGGUGGAGAAACAAACACAGGAAAAGCUCUGGAUCACGUUCUUCGACACGACUUUAGUUUGGCUGUGGGGAGGCGUGCCGACUCUAAAAAAACUGUUAUUCUGAUCACUGAUGGACAAUCUGCGGACUAUGUAGAAAUCCCUGCAAAGAACCUGAAAGACUCAGGGAUAGAGAUAUACGUCGUUGCUGUGGGCCAAGAUGUUGAUUACAAUGAAUUGAGGAUCAUUGCUUCUGGAGGUGAUGGAACAUAUAUGUACACCACUUCAGAUUUUAAAUCCCUCCACAACAUUAGAAAGAAACUCAUCCUCUCCCUGUGUCACAGUGCUCCCAGCACCAGCACACACUUACCAAAAGGAGCUCCAUGUGAAACAGCUAAAGCUGACAUUGUGAUGUUAGUAGACGGGUCUUCUAGUGUAAGCCCUGGAGGCUUUCAACAUAUGAAAUCAUUUAUAUCUGAACUACUUCAAACCAUGCAUAUUGGUCCCAACAGUUUUCAGAUUGGUCUGACUCAGUUCAGUACCGAACCAAAGACUGAGUGGAAUUUGAACACAUACAGAACCAAAGAGUCCCUGCUGAAGGAUAUUAACAAUAUAAAACAGUUGCAUGGAGGCACAAUGACAGGAAAAGCUCUGGAACACAUUCUGAAUCACAGCUUUAAACCCACGGCGGGGAUGCGUCCUGACUCUAAGAAAGUGGCAAUUCUGAUCACUGAUGGAGAAUCUCAGGAUGAUGUUCAACUUCCUGCCAAAAACCUGAAGGACACUGGGAUAGAGAUAUACAUUAUUGGUGUGGGCCAAGCUGUUGAUUACACUGAAAUGGGGAUCAUUGCUUCUGGAGGUGCUGGAACAUAUGUGUACACCACUUCAGAUUUUGGAUCUCUCCACAGCAUAAGAAACAACCUGAGCCACAGCCUGUGUCACAGAGCUUCCAGCACAGGUAGGCAUCAUCUGCAUACACUUAGCAACAGGUGGAUAUUUGAAGCUCGACAUGGACUUUGAGUCUGACUCAUUUUAGGAUUGAUAACUCUCUAAAGCAGUGGACUUAAACUCCAGUCCUCAAAGGUUGGCAUCCUUCAGAUUCUAGAAGUAUCUCUGCUUCAGCAAACCGGGUUUCAAUAUUAGCUCGUUAGCAGAGCUCUGUAGAGCUUGACUGCAUGUUAAGCUCUACAGAUGGCAGUUUUGCCAUUUAAUUCAAGCAUGUUAGACAAAGGACACAUGAAAAGGCUCCAGGACUCUGACCCUCAAGCUGCUCUAGACCCUGACCUAUAAAACAUUCAGGAAGAAAUAAAGCUUCUGAAAUCAACUCCACUUCCAGUAUCCUAAGAUGACCAUCAUGUCAUCUUAGCAUAUUUCAGAGUCAAAUUUCUCCUGAAAUAUUGAUUCUGUUUUCAUAAGAACAUGGAGCAAAAUCCAACAGACUAGCACAGCCAGCAAACUAGCACAGUCUAUCAUAUUUUUAAAAAAAUAUUAUAAAGUGAAGGACUCAAUGAAUGUCUGACUUCAGCAUGGCAGGUAAUGGAACAAUAAAAAACAAUAGGAUAACAUUCAACAAAGUUUUGAAACAAAAAAUAGGAAAUGUGUUUUUUUUUCUCCAAUACAUGCAUUCACUGGAUGUCGUACUGAAGAUUUAUUUCUAUGUGCGUGUUCAGACUCUGUCAGGUUGGUGAAUGGUACCAGUCUGUG